GACUUUAUCCGCCCACACGAGUCGAGGAGACGAGGCGGGAGAGGUGGAGAGGGCGAGCAGACGAGGAGGCGGAGCUAUGGCGGCGGCGGCGGCGCAGUGGUGCGGCGCGGCGGGGCUAGACCGCUGGGUGGGCAGGUGGCGGCAGUGCAGCCUGUCGCCGCUGCACCGGCCACCUGUGCCGGCCGUGUCGUCGCAGUCGCGGCGGACGAGGAGGAGGAAAGGCAAGGUGGGGUGCGUCUCCGUCCGAAGGGAGCUCGCCGCGGCAGGGCCGGCGGCGCCGCCGGAGGAGACCGAGGCCGACACAGAGGAAGAAGGUGUAGAGUGCGAGGAGUGCAGCGGCGCGGGGUGGCUGCUCUGCGGCUUCUGCAAGGGGAAGAAGAACAACGUCAAGUCGGAGGAGAGCAGCCGGAUCUACCGCCGCUGCCCGACCUGCAAGGCCGGCACAUCAUUUGUCCAAGAUGCAGGGUCUACAAAUGCAUCACUUAUCCAGAGAGCAAUGACUCAUGAACAGAGGUGCUGAUUGCAACUGAUCGAUCGAAGCUGUAAAACUUGGAUGGAAAUCUGAUCCUUUCGAUGAAAUGACACCGAUGAAUAUAAACACAAAUCUCGCAGCUCUGAAUCUGAUUGUACUACGGAUCAACGCAGAAUGACUAUGUACAUAACUGCAUAGCAAAAUUACUGUACCUUGUUCUUCCAAAUAUGAGUCUUUUCCUCUUUCUUGUCGA